CUCAGUGAACACUUGCGUCCUUUGCGCGGAACGAUCAAGCUGCAGCCUUUCAAUGAAUAUUCCGGGAUGUCUACUCGUUAUUUUAUUCAGUGUGACGAACGCAUAUGGCCUGUCUGAGAAAGGCAAAUGGACAUUCAGACAACCUGCAGUCUGCACGAAACCACCGGACCGCGGACCAUGCAGAGCUAAUGUAACGUAUUGGUAUUUCCAAGAAAAAUAUCGCGAAUGCAAGUUGUUCAAUUACGGAGGUUGUGGUGGGAACGGCAACCGAUUCUGGACCGAGAAAAAGUGCUACAAAAGGUGCGCGGCACCCGGUAAAGGAAAACUUCUAUGCAGCGUAAAUCCAGAGCCAAAGCCCUGCAAAUCAACAUUCCAGGCGUGGUACUUUGAUCCUCGUGAUAAUGCCUGCCACAGGUUGCCAAGAGGCAUGUGCACAGAUACCAUCAAUAGGUUUAUGUUCUGCGAGAAAUGCAUGAAAAGAUGUAGUGCGGAGAAUGCCAGGGAAGCUUGCAAGAGAGAGUACAAAAGAAUUCGAGAAGAGGAAAAUUCAAUAAACAAGGACAAAGCCCGGCUUUAGUAGCCCCAGGAAGGAGCUUCCGCAGGGACUCCACAAGGACAACCAGCAGCAGGUGCUGGGUUGCUAGUACCGAAGCCACCUCUACAAGGAGGAACAGGGGGGCAACAAGAAAAUUCUCUUGGCCCUGUUACACAGGCACCUAACUUGCCGGCAACUACAAUUACCAGCACCCGCUCCUGGACUUGCAGGAAACGCUGGGCAGUUGGGAAUAUCUGAACAAGAGACUGGGGAGGUCAUCAGUGGCACAAGUGCUGGUAAAGGCACAGGUCGUCAUGUAACAGUAUUACCACCCACUGUGCAACAAACCGCCGGAAAUGGUGGAGCCUUGCCUCUUGAUCCAGAUGUUCUUAGCCCUGCAGUGGCAGGAUCAGGGCCUGUAUCUGUGACGAAUAGGUUGGAAGGUGGUGGUCACAAACACGUAAUUUUAGUGGCAAUAGUAAAACCCACAAAUGAAGAUCACGAUACAGCUGGCCUAGAAACUAAUGAAAUUAAAUAACUAUAGCCACACCAGAACUCAAGGGCCUUCCUUUGCGCUGCCUGUACUCAAAUAUUUUUUUAAUGAGAGCGUUACAUAAAACUUUGUCUCUUCAAUACGACUGGCGCUUCUUUUAUUAACUUAUUUUAAUGCUUUCAUAGAACUCGUUCAAAAUAUAAAUAAAGCUUUUGAUCAGCCAC